ACAGGGAAAGCGGUACGCGAAUGCCGUUCUCAGAAGCCGCCAAUACGGCGACAGACAUCGCCGCCGCGCUAGUCUACUUGCACGGAAGGCGUCCGCCGAUCGCUCACCGCGACCUGGCGCCGAAGAACGUCCUCUUGUCCGCGUCGGGAACGGCCAAACUCUGCGAUCUCGGCGUCGCAAAGUGGGCGAGCGGGAAACCAUCGCAGAAAAACACCGAAGGUCCCGGUACACUCCCCUACAUGCCACCCGAAGUGCGCUUCGGCAGAAACUAUUCUCUACUCGAAGUCGACCUAUACUCGUUUGGAGUCACGCUACUGGAGAUGAGCUGUGGACUGGAGCCGAAUCCAAAAGAGUUUGCACACAUGAAGGAAGACGGUUCUUACCAGUUGGUGGAGGAGAGGGCGAGGAGAGAGAAAUCGUUUGCAGCUUUGGGUAAGGACCACCCAAUGUUGGACACCAUCGACCAGUGCCUGCAGAGCACUGUUAGCAAGCGACCGACAGCCAAACAACUGCUCGGCAUCUUUCAGGGUACGAGGGGAGGCCUGUCGCCGAAAGAAGAGAUUGGCAAAAAAGAAUUGCUCUCUGUGCGAGAAAAUAGAGAAGAAACUUCGAGAAACAAUCGAGGAGCAGGAGAAAGAGAUUGCGAGACUCCGCGAGACAAACAAGAUGCUCGAGAGCUUUCGCGAGGAGCAGCUCAAACAGCUAAAGACGAAGCUCCAGACGGCGGCGUUGGAGGGAGAGAGAUAUCAGCUGCAGUUCAGGGAGGUUCAGGAGGCCCUCGACGAGCAGAUUGAGACGAAUCGGCGACUUGAAGUGACCAACGACUGGGCAAACGACAUCAACAUUCUCCUGAGGCAGAAGGUUGAGAUGGACAGUCAACUGUGCCGUAUAAAACCCCGCACGGGAACCUUUCUUGAAAAGAGUGUUAGUCUCAAGUACCCAAGCGAACAGAGACCCAAACCGGUCCCAAAACCACGCAGGAGGCCAGGAAUGCUUGCUUCCUCCAAGAGUACCGAUAAAUUGGACGACUUUUCUUCUGAUGCCAACUCACUCACUAACAGUUGCCCUGAGCCACCUCGGGCCCUCCACCGGCGUCCGAAUAUCUCAAUCUCUGUCUCCUCCCUCCCUGCCCUGAUGACAGAGGAAGGAGGCGAGGCCACCUACCUCCAGCUAGACGAAGUGGCAAUGCUAAAGGACGAGCAGAAAAACAGAUUGAGAAGUGGCGGUAAAUCUCGCAGCGUCUCUGCGAUUAACAAACAACGGUCAUCGUAUGAAAACCCCGAUGACCCCAUCUACGUGAAAUUUCCCGUGACCGAACCCCCCACGCCGCCCCCCAGGGACCAGCCUUUCCGGUUCUCCGACCUCUCGGCCAAACGUGCGACCUCACUGUACAGCAACCGGUCCCAGGACCAGAGGGCUCUGCGACCGAACAGACUCAGCGUGAUCGACGAAAAGGACGAGAGCGUUAAGUCACCGCAGGGCCUCAUGACUCCUCGAAACCAGCGCACCACGCAGAGUAUGAAGAGUCCUCGUGUCAGGAGCGAUUCUUUGCUGCUGGAGCCAGAUCCGUUUCUUCGCCGGCCGAGUUUCGACCGCCAGCGAUCGCGGGGAGACAUCCUCAUAUCAGAAGUAGUCACCUCUGUAAAAGCAAAGAACCCAGGGGACCUAUCGGCAAAGAAAGGAGAGCUGGUGAAGGUCACCAACAGCGUGAUUGAGAAGAAGCUCUGCGUUGCAGUGAAGACAAACGGAGACAGCGGGACCAUCAGAAAAAAGAACCUCCAGCAGGUUGUACCAGUGGACAUCCAGUAUGACCCCUUGAACCCAGCCACCAGCAGCAGGAGAGGUGUGUUUGACCACAUAGCUCGCUGCAGCAACCCACACGACCAGUGGGUGUCCCCGGUCGACACCAUGAAGAUUAUCAUCAUCCCCUCCUCGCUACACGCCGGUGACACGGGUCUC